CAGAAAAUGUUUCCGGCCGAGCACAAUUGACAGUCACACGGGCAGAACAUGGCGAAUCACCUUCGUUUCGUCGCUCGGACUGUCAUGGUACAAAAUGGCAAUGUCGAUGCGGCGUAUGGGGCUCUUAGCAGAAUGCUGUCCUCGGAUGGAAUCAUUGAAUCAGUGAAACGCAGAAGAUACUUUGAAAAACCCUGCCGUAAGAGGCAGAGAGAGAAUUAUGAGAACUGUAAGAGAAUCUACCAUGCUGAGAUGGCCCGAAAGAUAUCUUUCGUAUCAAGGACACAAAGACAAGAUCCAUGGCUUGGAUGUUAAAAUGACUUCAUAAAACAUUGAGUCAUGAACUGUGAUCAGCCUCAGAGACACUUUUGGUCAAAAUCACUUAAUUAACAAAGAUGAAGAUUCAGAAACAUGAGGUCAUUCAGCAAAUAUUUACACAUUUGCCAUCAGAAUGUCAUGUUUUGUCACUACCUUAUGUACAUUUUGGGUCAUUUAAAACUGCUAACUAAACCAUUGUAUGUUCUCAACAAUUAAAAGCGAUUUAUAAAAAGAUACUUCAUUGUUGUUUUUGCACUAUUUGGAGAUUUAUGCAAACAAUCUAAGGCUGCCUUAUCAGUAUGGCAGAGAUUUUAAAAGACUUUUGAGAUACCAGAUUUUUUUCUAUGUAAGUGGCAAACCCUUAAGCAAACAAAGUUACGGCAGAGGUAGUGUAAAUGUAGACAUGUUGUUACUGGCUAUGCACACGAAGGAAUAGAGUAGUGUUUGUGUUUAAAGAUCUAUUAUAAAAAGUGAUUGUGGUGUCUUUCAAAACAAUACUACAAAAACAACAAUCUCUGCCCUCCUUGCUAAAUAAUCAUAGCUUUUUGACAAAUGCCUUAACCUGUGGCUUGUUAAGCAAUGUUUCAAAAUGUAUAAACUUUGUAAGAUAUAUACCCUGGGCUUGAUGAUCACAUACUGAAAAUGUAUACCUUGAAUGCACUGCAAGGCCUUUUGGAUAUAAGUUAAUAUAACCAAACUAUAGAAGAAGAAUAAAAAACAUUGUAUGCUAAUUUUAAG